AUGUCAAUCUUGCUCCAAGAGCUCGGUGCUGUGAAAGCAAAACUGGAAGCUGUGGAAACAAAGCUGAAAGAGACCAAAAGCCAGGUUCUGGUGGUUAACGAUAAAGGUAAAUCCUUGGAAACAAAGCUGAAAGAAACCGAAAACCAGGUUUUGGUGCUUCAGGAGAAAGAAGCAUACAAGGUAGUUUUCAGUGCUGGAAUUGGUGGUGGAGCCAUUGGACCCUUCAGCACAUCAAAGACCUUGGUCUACACACGAGUCAUAACGAAUCUGGGCAAUGCCUACAAUCAGCACACUGGUAUCUUUGUUGCACCUGUCAGAGGCAUGUACUACUUCUCCUUCUUCUAUCAUGCUGGUGGAGGACAUCCUGUGGGUCUGAACCUCAUGAAGAACAAUCAGCUGGUUGUGCAGAGCUCUGACCACAAGACACUGAAUGACACGGCUGACAACGGAGGCAAUGCAGCCUUUAUGGAGCUGCAGCAGGGAGACCAGGUCUACGUCCAGAUGCAGCCAAACACACAUAUUUGGGGAAGCAGCUACAGAACUACUUUUAGUGGUUUUCUUCUGCAUCAAGUCUGAAAAAACAUUAUUGAGAUCAUUUGAAUGGCUUAAAACAACUGACCAG